AUGACUUCCAACGUAAAAUACGAUUUGGAGGACUUUUCCAAAGUCUUUACAAUAGUCAUCGGUUCCGACAAGGACGAAAGAAGAGUUAAAGUCUCAGUAGCUCUUUUAUCGGCCCAAUCAUUUUAUUUCAAGGGAGCUUGUGCUGAGAAAUGGCUUGGGGUCGACAAGAUACUUGAAUUCCCUCACGAGAGACCCGAAACGUUCGAGAUUUUCACGGCAUGGUUGAAUGCGGGUGAUAUCAAGCAUGCGAGUAGCUUGCAAAAGACUGAGGAAAGCGAUGACGACCAGACACGUGCGCGAAAACUCUCCAAACGUUGGAAGCAACUCCUAAAUUGUUACAUUAUGGCCGACUAUAUACAGGCUCCAAAGUAUAUGAAUACCAUAAUGAACGCUUUGGUUGCAACACUGAAGGAUUUCGAGGGCCAACCAACGGAAACCAAUGAGUUGGCACCGCUUUGCGAUUCGUGCGCAGAAACCAUCGAUAUUAUCUGGGAUAAGACUCUUGUCAGGUCUCCUCUCAGAAAGCUGGUUCUCGACACCCUCAACUCAACACGCCAUGCUCCCUGGUUCAUGGCGCAGAUACACUACUUUGACAAUUCCAAUCCACCGGAUGGUCCCAACUUGACGGUCCCACAGGAAUUUAUCCUCGAAUUUCUUGAGCAGUCGCUGCGAAAGCUCCAAACUCAUGAUUAUAACGGAUUCCCAUGGUACCAGGAUCACGACUUCUACCAUGUGAUGGAAAAGCUUCCAUAG